AAAUUAAAAACGAUAUUUCCUUUAAAUGUGACAAACGUAAUUGAUUGUCAAUUCAAUAGCUUGUAAUAUAUUUAAAUAUAUGUUUUCAGAAAGCAAAUCUUCAAAGAAAGUCAAUAAACCCAUGACCGCCGCCAAACCCAAUGGCACCAAAGACAAGGGUGAGAAGAACUACGCCCAAGAAGAGCUUACAAGCAACAUCGACCAAGAUGUUUCCGAUCAAGAAGUCGUGAAAACGUUGCAGGAUGAUGACGUACAAGAUGUUGGCGAGGCGCAGAAGAACAGAACAGCGCAGUCUGAUUUGGCUCCCGUUGAGACUGUAGACCCGACGCCAGGCUGUUCGAAAGAUUUUGAUCACCAACCAGUUGCGGUAUUGCCUACCUCCCCAGCUGAUUAUCCUAAACCCAUGACAGUAGCCCCGAUGCCAGGUUGCUCGAAAGACCCCGACAACGAACAAAUCCCAACAUCAUCUAGACCCCCUGCAGAGGAUGAUCCUCAACCCGGAACUUCGACAGAGUUUGAGCCAACUCCCGGUUGUUCGAAAGAUCCUGAUGUUCCACUUCGAAGUUUUUCGAAGGCCUCCAGGAAAAGUAAUCUCAGUACACUUUCGUCUAAAAGUACGAAAUCUGAACCCGUUCCUGCGUCUGAUUACGUUGAUCCAUUUUUCAGAAGGUCAAGAGCUCCCGAUUUAAGACCAGAUCUUGAAGAUGAAUCAUUACCACCAAACCGUCGUACCCUUGUUGCCGAAGUUCCUUCAAGUCGUGAAGAGGACGAAGACCCUAGUAAGGUGAACGUCGAUUCUGAUCUCAUGGAAAUGGCACUCUUCAUCCAUCUUGCAAUGAUGAAGAGGACCAGAGCGCUGCGGGAGAUGAUAGACGCCCAGUGAAAGACGCCAUAACAAGGGCAAUAUUUCUCUUUCUACAGACCAAACCGUCAAGGAACUUCAUUCUUAAAGCCUUAACUUUG